AUUAGCACACUAUAUCAGCGUCAUACCCAUAUAUAUUCAUACCCUUACACACGGCAGCUGGGAUGAGAACUAUUUAGUGUGUGUGUGUGUGUGUGUGUGUGUGUUAGGGGAAUCUGAUACCAAGACCAUGUGCCUCAACUUUUCAAAUCUGGAAUGCUGACUGACUGUGUGUGUGUGUGUGUGUGUGUGUGUGUGUGUGUGUGAGAGAGAGAGAGAGAGAGAGAGAGAGAGAGAGAGAGAGCAUGUGUGUGUAUUUGUGUUAUAUGAGGUGUUCAGUUGUAUGGAUUCUUUCCUCUGGUUUCUCGACGCUGCUGCACAUUUCCUGUGAAGCUCAGCAUACACUCACACAGAGAGAGUGAUGGCAGGUGUAUCACCUCCAGACCACACACUGAACCCCAAAGAAGAGAAACAGAUGAUGGAAUUCUUAGCACAACAGUUAUACCUGCUCCAGGAGAAAACUAGGCUCCAGGCGUCGGUGCGAGAAGAGAAAAAGCUGCUGGUGGAAAACUCCAAGCUGAAGAAAGACAUCGAUGAGCUGAAGAGGAAACUGCAGGAGACACAGAAGAGGAAAACCAUGAAGCUCCAUCAGGAGAGGGUCUUGACUGCAUCAGUAGCUGCAAUGAAGCAGGCCAUCUCAGCGGUUCCUGCUCCUCCUGAACCCACGUCUACGUCUAAACCACAACGAAGCAACACACACAGUGAGGGGAGACGGAGGAGGGACCGCCGAGGGGUUCGAGAGGAAGUGGGAGGAGCCUCUAAGGGAACUGAAGCAGUGUGUGGAUUGGAGCGUGACCUGAGGCCUGAUGUUUCUCGGUUGGACCUGAGGAUUGGACGUGUCCUGGCAGUUCGGAAACAUGCGGAUUCAGACUCGCUGUACAUACAAGAAGUGGAUGUGGGAGACUCUGCCCCCAGAACUGUGGUCAGUGAACUGGCCAAUCACGUGCCUCCGGAACAGUUGCAGGACACUCUGGCGAUUCUCCUCUGUAAUGUUCGGCCGGUGAAGGUGCGUGGUGUUCUGUCUCAGGCUCGAGUGCUCUGUGCUGUCAAUCAACACAAGAUGGAGCCUUUAGCCCCGCCCACCGGAGCUCAGCCCGGAGACAGGGUAACCUUCCAGAACUAUCCAGGUGAGGCGGAGAGAGAGCUGAACCCGAAGCGACAUAUUUGGGAGCGUUUACUCCCCGACCUGUGCAUUGAUGAAAGGGGCGUGGCCACUUACCGAGGAGUGGCCUUCGAAGUCAGGGGGAAAGGCCUCUGCCGAGCACCUACCAUCAACAACGGAGGCAUCAAGUAAAGGGCAAAGAUCAUCGCCAUGGUUACCAGCAAACCGCCUGUACGGUUCAAUAAGUACAUUUAUAAUAAAAGUGUGAUUAAUAACAGUCACAGAACGGCUGAUUUCUACAACUUUUAUAAAGGUAAUAUGUUGUUACCAUGGCUACCAUCAAAAACAGAUAUAAUAUACAACACAUGAAAACACAAACAUGAGUAAAUACCUUCCGUACAGUUCAGCAAGGAGUAAUAACUGUAAACUCAACCUGGUGUGACCACUUUUAUUUUUAUAUUUAUUGUUUCUUUUUUAAAAUGUAAAAAGUAUUAAGUAAAGGUCACAGGUCAUCACCACAGUACCAUCAAAAUAAUGACCAAAAAAGUAAUAAGUAAAUAAAAGAUAGAAAAGUAAAACAUACAGCUGUACAUUUCUCAUUGGAGUU